GCGGCGGCGGCGGCGCUGGGCGGGAGCGGGACUCGAACCCGCGGCGCUCGGAUGCGUGAGGUUGCCGCGGCGGGGCCAGGGCCGGCCGCGGGCCAUGGAGCUGCCCACGGAGCUGCCCACGGCGGCCGGUACCGCCUGGGGCAACGGCACCGGCUGGGUCCCCCUGCCCGGCCACGGGGCCAACGACACGGGGCCUCAGCGGGCCAAGAACGCCACCUCCAUCCUCAUCGCCAUCGUCAUCACCGCCCUCUACUCCGUGGUGUGCGUGGUGGGGCUGCUGGGCAACGUCCUGGUCAUGUACGGCAUCGUCAGGUACACCAAGAUGAAGACAGCCACCAACAUCUACAUCUUCAACCUGGCCCUGGCAGACGCGCUGGCCACCAGCACGCUGCCCUUCCAGAGCGCCAAGUACCUGAUGGAGACCUGGCCCUUCGGGGAGCUGCUCUGCAAAGUUGUGCUCUCCAUUGACUACUACAACAUGUUCACCAGUAUCUUCACCCUCACCAUGAUGAGCGUGGACCGCUACAUCGCCGUGUGCCACCCAGUUAAGGCCCUGGAUUUCCGCACGCCAGCCAAGGCCAAGAUCAUCAAUGUCUGCAUCUGGGUGCUCUCCUCCCUCAUCGGCGUGCCCAUCAUGGCCAUGGCGGUCACCAAGUCAAAAGAUGGGAUGGUGCUGUGCACGCUCCAGUUUCCCGAUCCUCCCAUCUACUGGGACACCGUGACCAAGAUCUGCGUCUUCAUCUUCGCCUUCAUGGUCCCCAUCUUGGUCAUCACCAUCUGCUACGGGCUGAUGAUCCUUCGCCUGAAGAGUGUCCGCCUCCUCUCAGGCUCCAAGGAGAAGGACCGCAACCUGCGGCGCAUCACGCGCAUGGUGCUGGUGGUGGUGGCAGCCUUCAUCAUCUGCUGGACGCCCAUCCACAUCUUCGUCAUCAUCUGGACGCUGGUGGAUAUAGAUAAGAAGAACCCCUACGUGGUGGCCAGCCUGCAUUUCUGCAUCGCCCUGGGUUAUACCAACAGCAGCCUCAACCCCGUCCUUUACGCUUUCCUGGAUGAAAAUUUCAAGAGGUGUUUCCGAGAGUUUUGUCUGCCUUUCCGAGCCCGCGUGGACCAGAACAGCUUCUCCCGUGCCAGAAACACCACGCGGGAGCGCGUCUCCACCUGCACCCCUUCUGAAGCCCGCAACAAGCCGGCAUGACUAGACGUGGGCAGCCU